AUGGAGCAGAUAACUCUAGGCACGUCACCGAUAACACCCGAAGCCUGGAAGCUUCUCAGCCGCCUACCUUCAUUGCACCGCAUCCCUACCACCAUCAACUCUCUACUAGAACAAUCAUCGUUGGAUGGAGCAACAAUGGUAAAUCUCGAGCUGCGCCGGCAGGUCAUUAACGUCUACAAAGAGCUUCUGUUCUUAGGACGGGAGUAUCCUCUUGGCUAUCAAUAUUUCCGGGAUCGCCUACACCGUGCAUUUGCAAGCCAGGCUCACAUUACCGACGAUGAGCAGAUCCGCAAGGGAAUAGCUAGGGCCGAGUUUGUGAAGAAAGAAGUGGAAGCGCUGUAA